UGGUUUAGGGUGGAAAGCUCGUUUUCAAGGAAAAGAUCUCUGCUUAUGUCCGGAGUCAAGAUUGCUGGCGAUCCUGACAACGGAAAAUAGGAUCUGUGAACAGAGAGAUUAAGUCCAGGCCCAACCGGAAACAGCACGGAUGGUUCAGAAAAGGAAAGCAAUCUUCACGGAUGGGCUAAACAAUCUCUGCAGCGUCAAUGGUUUGGCACGGAGAUCCAAUCCGAACUUCUCCCGCGCAAACGAAGACGGAUGGGGGAAGAAUCGCAGCGCCGCGGUACAUCCAAUCCGAACUGGUUCAGCAAACGCGUGCAACUCGAACCUCUUCUCCGCUUGCAACUCGAACCUCUCUCGUCGCCCAUCUCUUCCUUCCUUUCUUCCGCACCUCACCAGGCUAGACCUUAUGGCCGCGCUCCGCCGGUGGAAGCGGUUCUUCCCCACGUUCGACGCCAUCGACGCCGCUGUCGAGGCCUCCGACCCGGCCCGCCACCCCAGCGACGAGCUCCAGUGCGUGAGGGAGCUUCAGCGCGUGAGGGGGCAGAUCGUCGAGCUUCUCUGCGACACCUCGGAGGACGGCGCGGCGGAGGAGCUCUGCCGGGUGCUCGACGACGUCAUGGUCGAGUCCCUCAUCACGCUGCAGUCGGUGCCCGUGACGCCGAGCGCGCUGGCGUCCACCGACCUCGCCAAGGCUGUCGGCGCCCUCGGGGAGCACGAGUCUGAGCAGAUCCGCGGCCUCGCACGCGACGUCAUCCGCGGGUGGAGGGCGUCCGUCGAAGGGGAGCUCGCCAGAGACAGAGCCGCCAUGGAGGCGCUCGACAAGCUCUCUGAUGAUCAGCUGUCUCCCCAGAGUCUUUCUUCCGUCGUCGGAGUCGGACAUGCCCGCAGCUGCCAUGUGCCCGUACCCGCCGACGAAGACAAGAAGAGGCAAGUGAAAUAUGCGUCGUGGACGACGAAGACGGCUUCCGUCGUCCGCAGCAACCGCGUCGAGCCAGCCAAGCGCGACCGGCCGGCGAAGGUCUCAGCGCCGUUGCCCAAGAAGAGCGCUCCUGUCGUCAGCGCCGGCCGUGCCAACAUGGCAAACAUGGACAAGAAGAUGCCGGCCGUCGUAGGCCCCGGUCGUGUCAAGGCGGCAGAGGCCUCUGUUCCCUUGCCCAAAAAGACGAGUCCGUUUGCUGUCAGCCAUGUCGUGAGGACGGAGAACACGAAAGCUUCAACCAUGAUUUCGGAGUCGCUGCCCAAGAAGACGCCGCCUUUCGAUGGCCGCGCCGCCGGCGACGACCGCGUGAUGCGUUCCAGUCCCGAGGACAAGAUGGAGGCUACGAAGCGCAAACUCCGGGAGGGCUACCAAGAGGUGGAAGACGCGAAGCGACAACGAAAGAUACAAGUCAUCGAGGGGCCAAAGAUGCUCGAGCAGAAGCAGCGGAAGAUGCACCCCAUCAUGCGGGAGCGGAGCCAAGCGAGAUGCGCGACCUCCACGGCCGUAAGGCGUUCUUUGAUGUCCGCGUUUCAUAGGGUUUAGAGCUCUGUAGAGGUUUAGAGUUCUUUGGCCACUGAUGCAUCGAAGCUAGGAUCAAACCUCUGUGAUCAUCAAUACACUGCAGCAAAGAGCUGACUUUGUUCU